CAUUGAGAAAAAUCCACAGCCGAGUUUUUAUUCGAAGAGCUUCAGGGGAUGUAGGGAAGAGGAAAUCUUGGUUUUUAAAACACUGACGACAAACUUCACAUAUCAAGGUGAAGACUCCUGCAACAUGGACGGCUUUUACGACCAGCAGGUCCCCUUUGUGGUCCCUGAGAGUAAAUGUCCCGUAGAAGGAGCAGAGAGAUGUCUCAGUGACAGGAAGAGGAAGUUCAUGGACACAGAGCUGGCUCAGGACACAGAAGAGCUCUUUCAAGACCUGAUCCAGCUCCAGGAAAUAUGGAUCGCAGAAGCUCAGGUUCCCGAUGACGAGCAGUUUGUCCCAGACUUCCAGUCCAAUAAGUUGAUGUUUCAUGGACCUCCUCUGAGCAAGGUGAAGCGAGAGCACAGCCCGUCUCCCUGCAGAACGCCUCACGCUGACAUGUGCCUUUACAGCUACAGUGCCUGUGACAAUAAGCCAGCAGGGCUCAAAUCCCUUCCUCCAGCCCCCUCUCAUCCUUCAGGACCUCCACCUGUUCAGAGGCAGCUCCACCCUCCGGGCCCCCAGAUCUCCAGCAGAGGCCCUCAGGCCAAUCAGAGCCAGCAGUUUGCUCUGCCCCGCCCCCCCACCAGCUGCCCCCCUGCGUCUUUCAGCACAGAACAGAGGUUUCAGAGGCAGCUGUCGGAGCCCUGCUUGUCCUUCCUCCCUCCUGAGACUCCUCUGAACUCUCCGUACCAACCCUCGAGCCGUGAUGGCCGCCCUCUGUACCAGCGCCACCUCUCAGAGCCUCUGGUCCCUCAGAGAGUGUUCAAACAGGAACUGCUGGACCCUCGGUACCCAGAGCCGGGACCCCAGAACUCUUUCAAUCACGUGACCAUCAAGCAGGAGCCGCGAGACUACGCCUUCGACUCAGAGGUUCAGCCCUGCCAGUCGUCGUUUGGGAAGUCUCCAGUCUUGUACCAGAAUAACAAUGUUGGGUUUGGUGCUGACAGAGAGCAACACCUGUACUAUGACGACACCUGUGUGGUGCCGGACAGACUGGAAGUUAAAGUGAAGCAGGAGAGUUUGCCGUACCAGCGCCGCGGCUCUUUGCAGCUCUGGCAGUUUCUCUUGACUCUGCUCGACAACCCGGCCCACGCUCACCUGAUCGUCUGGACGGGGAGAAACAUGGAGUUCAAACUCAUCGAUCCUGAGGAGGUGGCUCGGCUCUGGGGUCUGCAGAAGAAUCGUCCGGCGAUGAACUACGACAAGCUGAGUCGCUCGCUGAGGUACUACUACGAGAAGGGCAUUAUGCAGAAGGUUGCCGGGGAGAGGUACGUCUACAAGUUCGUAUGCAACCCCGACGCGCUGUUCUCCAUGGCGUUCCCAGACAACCAGAGGCCGAGUCUGAAGGCCGACCCGGACGCCAUCUUGCCCCCCGGCGAGGAAGAAGGCCCCCCUCCGCCCAGCUAUGAGGAGGAGGGUCCCUACCUGGCUGAGGGGGGGGCUUUCCCCGAAAACUACCCUUAUUAAACUCCACAGGUUGGACGAAACAUGAGAUAUUUGACAGGAGGAAGCUGAAUUACUGAGCAGUGUUUUCAACAUGUAUACGUCCCAGGAAAGAGGAAUUCAUCAGAGAUUUUGUAUUUUUUUCAACUGUCUUUUAGCCAAAAGUACUGGUUGCAAAAUUGGAGAUGGUAAAUGUUUUGCCCAAUACAGUUUAAUUCUGAUUUAGGUCUUAUUUGUUUUCUUUUAAAAAGCUUUAACAUUUAGAUUUAAAGUUAUAUUAAAUGUCAAACUCUCUUUUAGCCAAAAAUACUGGUUGCAAAAUUGGAGAUGGUUGAUUUUAACUCCCUCAGCACACGUGCAUAUUUGGCCCAAUACUGUUUAAUUCUGAUUUAGGUCUUAUUUAUUUUCUUUAACGAGCUUUAACAUUUAGAUUUAAAGUUAUAUUAAGAAAAUAAGACGCUUUACUUCAAGAUGUGGUUGUCAUUUUGGGAGAAAGGUCUGUAUGUCAUGGGAAACGGCCCAUAUUUUGAGGAGAAAAUAUACAAUUGGUCAUAAUAUCAUUUUGAGAUAAGGUCGUAACUUAAUUAGAAAUUAUACUAAAACUAAAAACAACAGUACUUUUUCCCACAAACAUGCGACACAGAAUAUAACAGGUUUUUAAUAUUUUACUCUCAUCAGAAGACAGUUUUUGUUCCUAAUUUUGUGACUCACAGCUGUUCCCCUCAGCCUGCCUGGUUGUACUUUUUGUAGCAUGGCCGUCGCCGUAGUCCUCGCGUACGUGAACUCUGGGAUCUGUAUUUCAACCAAAAAGUAUCUCAAAACCAUGAACACUCCUUUAACUAAUUUACUUCUAAUUGUUGUUUUUUUGGGUAAACCUUAUACUGCUUGAAAGGGACACACUUGUAUUUUCCAGAUGUUAUAGUCCUCCUAUAAACAUGUAUAUUGAGAAAUGUCUUUUGUGUACUUUUUCUUGUUUUCAAAAGCUAAUAUUUUUGGCAUUAUAUGAACUUUUUCCUAAACUGUUUUAUGACAAAGGUACUGCUACUAUUUUUCUGUAAUACUGUCACUAUGAUGCUACUAAUAAGCAUAGACUUUCCUACAACCGGCUCAUCUGUUAUCGCACCAAGCUAGUUUUCUGCAUUUUGUAUAGUUCAUUUGCUUCAAUGUGUAGAAAAGGUGUAUAAUUAUAUAUGAAUAUAUUUUUGCAAAAGGCUGCAUUUGCUUGACGUUGUACUAUGAGCUGAAAAGUGAAGCCUGCUAAUGUAUUGUAUUAAUUCCAGCCUCUGAGAGAUAAAUGACUUCCUCCCUGCAGAUAAUGUAAUGGUAUAUUUUACUAUAUGAUCACAAAGUGGAGGAGAAGCUGGAGAACGAUACUGACACCGGUGUAACGUCUACGCUCAGAUACUGUACGUGUGCCUUCUGUUGAUCUAACUGAUACAAUAAAGUAUUUUACUCUUUU